UUUUUAAAUAAAAAAAACACUCUGAAUUCAAAGAAACUUCAAUUUUAUGGUAUUUGCCAGAAUCGCAAUUACCCGCCUUAUGUACAUAACAUAUUUAUAUAUUUUCAAAAGAGUUCUUAAACUUUAUAAUUGACAAUGACGGGCAAUAGGAUUUGUGGAGCAGUGCCGGCCAACACAGAGCGCUUAAAUAAACGCAAUACGAGACCUUUUGUAAUUAGUGCCAAACGAUUUAAUGCCAUAUUGGCCAGGUCCGGUAAGGACCAAACACUAGACGAGUCGGUAAAUGAGGAGUAUCGCUAUAAGCAAUAUCUGAAAGAAGGCAACGAUGCACUUUGCAAAUGUUUCCCAAUGAAAACAACCCUAUUGCCAGAAGAGGAGGACCAAGCCAAUUUUUAUGAGAUGAGUAGAAAAGUUUUAGAAGGUAGCAGAGAACAAGAAUUACAUCAGCAACAGCUACGCACUGAACGCAUUGUAAAAGCAAAUAAGAUACUUGAAAGCCUAAAGCCCUGUCAAAGAGCUCUGCGCCAGGCACAGGUCGAGAGCGAGGUGAUCUAUCAGCGGAAAUAUAAUGAAGCCCUCAAUCAGGAGAUAUCUGUAAAUGCCCGGCAACAGGAGCGUCUAGAUGAACAGCAGUGUCCGGAAAGAUUGAUACCCUUUUGCAAUUUCACAGAGCAGCAGCUUAAGGCUCAGCAGCAGGAAAAGUCCGUCACCGUGCGCAGGCAAUUUCUCAAGGAUCUCGAAGAGCGGCAACAACGCAAAUUGGCUGAAAAGGAACAAGAGAUAUACGAGGGAAUUAUCGAGCGUGAGCAGUACAAGUGCCUGCAGAAGAAAGAGGAGCAGGCAGCCAAAGAGCUGGCAGAAAAGAAACGCGAGUUUUGCCGUCGUGCCUAUCGGGAAUCGCUCAAGGAAAAGGCCGAGAUCAAGAAACACGAGCGCAUCUGUGAGCAAAUUGAGAAUCGCAUCAUUUGUGUAGAUGUCACGAAGCGUCGUUACCUGGAGGCGCGUUCCAACAAGGCAUUCAAAACGAUGCACACGAGGGUUAUGCCCGAACGUGAUGCUUGGUCCAAGCAGAUCUGCCGCAUGGAGCAAGCGAACACACGGAAAGCCCAGGACUUGCAGGAAAAGCUUAAAAAUCGCUAUGAGUUCGAGGUAGAGAUAGAUGAAGCCCGACGUCAAUGUCAGAAGGAGGAACUGUCCAAUCAGCGUCGUGCCUACGAAUUGGAGGAGCGCAGGCAGGCUGAAGAGCGUCGUCAACGGGAUGCGGAGAUUCGUCGAUUUGCCAUAGCUGAUCGCUUAAAGAACCAGGAAACCAAUAACCGAUUCAAUUCCACAGAAAAAAGGCGCAAAGAUAAGGCGACUGCUGACCUACGUGACCAACUCCAUUGCCAGCGGGACGAGUUUCAGGAGCAACGUAAAGAUCAGCAAAUGCGCAUCUCUGCUUGCCAACCCGAUCUCUAUUUGCAACAAGAUGUGAAUUUUUACGACCAGGCGCUUAAAGUGAUUUCAGAGGCGCAUGAGAAUGGACGACCCACUCUCCCCAUGGUGAAGGCAGUGGAAACUUAUCGACGAGACAACCAGAUAGAGAUGAUUCCUGAAAGUCGUACUAAUCGUAGGAGCAGAAUACGAGACUAUUGCUGGCCAGGCUACCACUCCAAGGCGGAUUUGGCGUACAAAAAGUACGAGCAGCGGGAAAAAUGUCAAAGAGACCAGGCGGCGGCUCAGCAUCAGAUUUUGAUGAACUGCAUCAAAAUUAAUAAAAUAGCUGCCGAGGAACGACCAUGUAAAGCCUCUGUUCCGGAGAGCCCUGUCAAGUGCUUUCAACAUCGCGGCAUGCCUGCCAUCGAAAGUGUGGAUUCCUUCGAUUGUGGAAGCAAUGUCUGCUACGCGGAUGAUCCUCAGCCUGGUCCUUGCCCAAGCGCCUUGGAGGUUAUGAGGACUUGUGACACAAAUCUACAAUCGAUAAGGCCUGAGGCUGCACCCUAUAUAAGUGACACAUGUCCGGGUUCCAUUGAGGGGAAUGUUCUAGCAAAUACAUCAAACGCUAAGCUUAAACCCCAUCAUGGACAGGCGGGCUCAGCUAAGGAUUCAGAAUCAUCAAUUCAUUCGAAACGCACAAGUUCGAUAAGCACAAAUAAUUCAUCGAGCCCGAAUCACUCGGGCACACUCAGAAAAAUGCAUCAAGCCAAAAAGCACAAAGCACCACCUAAACAACCCAAUCAAGCUCGCAUGUGGCGUUGAAAUUGGUUUUAUAAUUGGAGUGCAUUAUCGAAACUGUAUUCCUUCUUUGAUUCUUAUUUAUUCGAUAAAUAUUUUUUUAAAAAUGUCUUUCAUAUA